AUGGGCCGCACACAUAUUACGCAAAAAAACAGGCACAGCGGUGCUGCUAGGAAGAGCAAGAGUAGGAGGGAGGCGGCGGCGGACUCGGGUGUGCAUGUGGAGGCUGAGCGGGUGUUGUUGGAGAAGAGGAAAGAUGAUGAUGGCGAGGCCAUUCCUGAUACCUGCUACACCGGCGGGUUCUACGUCGCCCCCCAAAUCGGAGAAACCAUCGACGCCCUCGCGCCUCUCAACGUGACCUGGAACCCCUCCUGCCUCUCCACCAAGCUCAUCGACAUCUACCUCUACGCGCCCGGCAACGCCAACCCGCGGAUCCACUACUGGCAAAAGAUUCCCUUCAGCAAGGGCUCCUUCGAGCUCGAGCUCCUCCCGCGCUGGUGGAACGCCAAAACCGAGCAGAAUCUCCAGCUGAACAUCGUCCCGCACGGCCAGCCGGUGUUCAUGAGCGAGUUGCCUGCGGGGCCGAUCUUCAAGGCUACGUUCACCCCGCCCAAGGAGGGGGAGGAAGUCCCCGCUGCUCUGGACACCAACAUGAUCAACGUCGAGACGACGAUCGUUGGUGGUGACGAGAAGGGUAUGAACCCGGGCAAGACCGCCGCGGCCGUCCUCGUACCCCUGAUCCUCCUCGCCCUCGCCAUCCUCGCGUUCUUCAAGUGGAAGCGCUCGCGAGGGCUGGAGAAGCGCAAGACCUGGGCGGAAGCGGUCGACAAGCGCAUGUCGACCAUCUCGACCGACUGGAAGAGCGUCUCCGCCGCCGGCGCGCAGGCUGCCAUCCGCAACUCGAUGGCGGUCAACGGCACCGGUCGCUCGUCGUUCUCGUUUGGGAAUAUUAGGCCGAGCAGCCAGUUUGAGAGGGAUGCGGCGUGGGAUGAGAAGGGUGGGGAGUAUGGUGGGGUGGAUAAUUCGCAGAGGAGGCCUGGUGUGGGCUUGAGGAAUCCGUCGGGAUUGGGUAUGGGCGAGCGCGCGUCGACUGCUACCCGCGUAUCCCGCGUCUCCUUCGCCAACGAUCCCCGGCCUUCGUCUGAAUCACGACGCACCAAGACGUUCCGCGACUCCUACGUACCCCCUGUCCCCGUUCUGCCGGUUAACACCUCCAACCCUUAUCGAAGGCCGAGCCAGGACGAGGAGAGUGAGGGCGGGACGGCGGGUACGAUGUCGCCUACGCAGACUGUGGGCGCGAUGACGCUUACGCCUGAGGAUAUCCGUGCGAGGAUUGCUGCUGGUCGGGCGCGUGCGGAGAGUAAUGCGGCGUCUUCGACGCGCAAGACGAGCUUUGAGAGGGAUGUGACGGAUCAGGAUGGGGAGGUUUUGCCUGCUCUUAAGAUGAUGCGCACGAAUGACACCCACGACGACUACCUCCUCGCUCAGCAACCCGCUCCUCCCGCCCCAGCCUACCCUAAACCCGUCACCUCUCACUCUACAUCGGAUUCAACUUCCACACCUAUGUCCCCAACCCUUGCUGCUCAACCGAUGUCCCCUGUGAUGCAGUCGAUGCCGAUGCCGAUGCAGCCCGCGACUGUGAUGUCGCCCGACGAUAUGUUGAGGGCGUAUGCGGAGAGGAAGAAGAGUAUGGGGUCUGCUAUUACACCUGGUUCUAUCGGUGUUGGGCCUGUCGGGUCUACGAUGGGCGUUGGUUCGACUAUGGGUCUCAAUAACACAGGUGCAGGGGUAGGAGGCGGCAUUUCGUAUCCCCAGCCAGCAGCCAACACGUCCGGUGGAAGGACGCUUUUCAACGGGAACGCGUUGAGUCCGAAUAAUACUGGUGGAAGUGGCAAGGAGCCUAGUUUGGGCUUUGCGCCUGGGGAGUAUGAUGCUAAUUUUAGUUUUGGAGGGCAGGCGAGUGGAGGGUAUGCGGUUGGAGAUGCUGAGGAGGAUGUGACGAGUGGGAAUGCUGCUGGGAGGGGUGCGUAUGGUGCGGCGCGGUGA